GGUUUCGAGUGUUCUGUAGGUUGGCUUUUGAGUAAACGCAAGAAGAUAAGAGAAAGAGAAUGGAAAAAGGGUAGAUGGGGGUGAGCGUGGGGUUGUGUGGGGAGUAUGAAAGCCACGCUUCCUCACAUGAUAUCUUCUCGUCCCUUCUUUCCUCUUCCCCCGAUUGUACAGAGAAGAAGAAGAAGAUGGCCCUGCAAAUGCAAAUGCCCAUGAGGGAGGUGGUUCAAAGCAACACCAGCAAAUCCAAGCAGCUGCCAGCAGCCUCCCAUCAUCGUUAUGCUCUAAAAUUAAAAUCCCCCUUCUUAUUCUCAUCCCCAUCACUGAACGCCCUCUUACCCUCUCCUCCUCCCCCUCCUCCCACUCCCACUUCAUCACCCAAAUUAUCCAUCUCCAUGCGUGUGGCGUCCAAGCAGGCCUACAUCUGUCGCGACUGCGGGUAUAUUUACAAUGACAGAACUCCCUUCGAGAAGCUACCCGAUAAGUUCUUCUGCCCAGUUUGUGGUGCCCCCAAACGAAGAUUUAGGCAAUACCAGCCUGCUAUCGCCAAAAAUGCUAAUGCUACAGACGCUCGGAAGGCCCGAAAAGCUCAAAUCCAGAGAGAUGAAGCAGUUGGGCGAGCAUUGCCUAUUGCUGUUGUGAUUGGAGCUGCAGCACUUGCUGGGUUAUACUUUUAUCUCAACACCACUUUCAAGGGUUGAUCAUGUCAACUAUGUAGAGUCCUCUAGCUGUUUGGGAGUGACCUGGGCGGGAACAUUAUAUUAAUUCUUGUUACUUUCCAUUCACUUCCACAACUUACAUAUGUUCCAUGAAAUCGACAAGCAUGCUCCAAGGAAAAUCAACUUCAGCUCA